UGUCAACGUCACACACAAACGGGAGAGCGCAAUGUUGUAUCUAAUAUGCGGGUAUUUAUAGAGAAGGGCGGACUAUGUGCAUGCUUACCCACAUGGGCGCGCCAGCUGUCCUUAUCUCUUCUGUUAACACAAGCCGCACACCGUCGCGUUGAUUGCUCUCCGAGUCUUGGAUGUGACCUCCUCGAAAUACUACGUCUUAGCCUUACACGCUAUUGCUACUCGUAUUAAUCCGUGCUUACUCCCAACUCCGAUUCGAGUGUCAGUCUUGCAGUCCUAUCCGUCCAGACCCACUUCCACCAUGGAAGACUAUGCUGCUUGUCCACCACGCGAGCGCGAUCGAGAUUUAGACAACAGCGGAGAACACAUAUCUAUCUCGGGUGAUGGAGAGAGACUGCACGGUACAGAAUACAGCUAUAACGAUGUCUCCGUCCGGUCGAGUUUGGAUCUCAGCCUGAGAUAUCCAGAAGAUCCUCAUGUCUCGACGCCUCCAUCAACGCACGACCAGUCUACUCAAAUAGCAGCAUUACCUCAAACCAACGCAGCACCUAGUCCGAGGAAAGGAAAAAUGGUGCAGCAUCUAAAGAGCGGCUAUGCGACAUGGAAGACUACCUGGAGACUCCAAACAGUCAUCGUAGGUUUCUAUGUCCUAGCUUUGCUUUGCGCUGCAGCCCACUGCUGGUUCUUCGUCUACCUCAACGGUCGGAUCCUAUCCCCAGACAUCGAGCUUGCCGCAAAGACCACUACAAUCCCGCAAGGCUAUGUGACAACUAUAUCUUUCCUGCUUGUUACCGCUUUCCGCGCAUCUUUAGUAGCAAGCGUGGGAGUCUGUUAUACCCAACAUCUAUGGGCGACGUUGAGAGAAAAAGUACUAAAGGUCGGACUUAUUGAGGACCUUUUCCAAGUGCAAACAAAUGCAAUGCACUUUGCAAGCCUUGGGUUAUACAUCAAAACGCCAGUACUCGCAGCUGUAGCUUUGUUUUGCUGGCUUGUACCCAUUGCGACAGUGUAUCCUCCUGGGGCUCUGAUUGGGGCUCUGAUUGUUACACUGCAAAUCUCCACCAUUGCGGCCAAAUUCAACGUAUCCGUACUGCAUACAAAUGAUAUUAUGCAUUCCAAUUGGAGCUCGCUAUCUACGAUCCGAUGCGGGGACCACAGAGAGGUGCCUCGAUUCCCAGAGCAAGCGCAGAACGCGUCCUAUCUCAGCACAUGCUGGUCUUGUUGGCCCGGCUCGCGAUCAAUUGGAUGCUUCGACAUCAGGGGUCUCUCGUUCGGUAUCCCAUAUCUGGCAGCUUCGAGUCUGAUAUCUGGGGAGCUGGCACCCUUGCCCCAGUCGGGUGGAGAUAAUGCUUCCUACACUAUAGAGUUUUGGGGCCCUGAUCUGAGCUGCGAAACCCACAACAGGACCGUAGUCAGGACGAUACAGACCAACGAUACCGGAAUAAAACCCGACAGUGAUGGAAUUCGCGCCCAUGACUCAUUCAAUGUAUAUGGCUAUACCGAGGGAUGCAUACUGCGAAGCAGCCCAGAUGACACAGAGAUACUGGGAGAUCCUAAGAUCAUUGAUCUGAAGAUUACCGACUUUUCGAUGCCUACAUAUCGUUAUCACCCUUGCGUGGGUAAUGUAACGUCAUCAAUGCCCCAGCCCAUGUCCGGAAUUAGUAAUCUACCUGCAGGUGGGAUUAACUCCUACGUGCCAUUUUCGGAGACAGUCUGUCGCCCUCAGAUACGCAGAUUUUCGGUCUCGAUAUCUUACAGUGGUGGAAUUCAGACAGUGAACUAUGAUAUACGGGACGAAGGACCAGUGCCAGCUUAUUCAAGAUCUUUCAGACACUUUUCUGGUAGCUUCGAGCAAUGGGUGCAGCUGUCUGAUGCAUGGACUAUAUAUUAUGAGUUCGCGAGAAACUUCAACAGAUCCGAGGCUGCAUCAUGGUCCACGGUCUUCCAGUACCCAAACGCAUCUGAGGCAUCCUCAAUACUUACCUUGGAAAAUGGAACUGCAAUCGAGACGUGUAAUCUGACGCCGAUAGGCUCGGCUGUAAUUCUAAGAAGUCAGGACUAUGAUUCAGCGAUCUGGAAGUUGUCGGUGUUUGCACGGCGGCUCCACACUGAUUCAAAUGAUUGUCUCAUAUUCGACCCCACUAUGGCAAGGGAUCUCCUGAUCAACACUACGAUCAACGCCCUAUCUCUCGGAGAACGAUUUGAUGUUGUGCUCGGGAACACGACGCGUGUUUUCAACGUCUAUUCGUUCCAGGACAAGCAGGCUUUCUUCCUGCCUUACGGGCUCGCUCUGGGCCUGGGCAUUCCCAUCAUCGCUCUCGGGCUUGCCGCGUUCUACACCCGCAACCAACGCGUUUCAGCCAUCACGGGCGGGUUUCUGCAGAUCCUCAUGACGACGACGGGACGCAGAUCGCUCGACGACAUCAUUGUGAAGGGCUCUGGCACAAUGGGGGGACAGGAGAAUGUCUCCGACGCGUUGAAAGAGGCGAGCAUCAGAUUCGGCGAACUCGUCGCCGACGGCGGGCGUGUGGAGGUGCGGGACUCGGUCUGUAGUACGCACGCGGGGCGCACAGAGAGCCUGGAGCCACUUUCACACGACAACAGCAGUGCAGAUGAGAGCGCAGGGUUGGCCUCGGGUGUUGAGUUCACCAAGGCAGAAGAGACUGCAGCGAUACAAGCUGGAUUUGGGACUGCAGACGAGGUAAGGCCUCUUAGGAAGAGAUGCGCUAGCAGAUAGGUCGGGGUUGGGUACAGAAUCCAGCAUCGCGCCACAAUAACAGUCUUAUUCUUGGGUUCUGAGCUUCGCGUCCGUCCAAGACGUGGUGGGCGGUGGGCCGCGAUGCAGCGUGCG